GCGCGUUCCGUCGUUCCGACACGACGAAGAUAUACUACCGACGAUCCCGACGAAAUUCCUGCAAAAAACCAGAACUUCCCCGUCCAGCAUUUCGCGGCAAGCAAAACGGGGCUGUGAAUGCUCCCCACGCCCCCGGAACACUGGGCUGCACGUGUAGUUUAAGACCGGGCACAUCACCGAACGAACCCGUUACGUAUUAGUGUAUAACGAACAGCGAAAGUGUGUGAAAAAGUGAGCUUCUCUAAUUCACAACGCACAACCAGGAAGGGACUUUUUUUUGGAGAUUUGCUUAUUUUCCCUGCAGAACGUGUGUGUGUGUGUGGCAGUAUCAGCGUGGCACAGCCCAGAUCAAACACCUGUCGAAAAGGGAAGAGGGAUUACAGUGUGCGUUGUGGAGGAUCGAUUUCCCACGUUUUCCAUUUCGCAGCAUUCGUCUGCGUGAUUUCGUAAUGUGAAGAAGCAGUGCGCGAUCGACGUGUGUUUAGUGGUGGUGGUGGUGGUGGUAGUGGGGUCAGAAUUUUCCGUAGUACCGGGGGGGAAAUGUAUCAUCCCCAGGCCUGUUAAAGGCAAAGGAUUUCAAGUAGCAAAGCGAUCGUUUUAAGCAAUUGGACCAUUCUGCGCGAAAGUGUAAUAGGAAUCCAAUUGGAAAUUCUACUUGUCAAGUGGAAAAGCGAAUACGAAACAACACACACACUAAACGAAAGUGAAGUGAAGAGGUGAAGUGUUUGCGGCGCGUGGUGCUUGGUUGGUUGAGAUCGAGUUGCGUGAUCGGAAGGAAGUUUUUGUUUUUGAGGGAAAUUCUGUGCUGCUGCUGCUGCUGCUGCUAGCAGAGACGACGACGCCGCCCCCGGCCACAGUAUGGGGAGCAACUGCUGCAAGGGUGAGGCAGGCACCCAGGUGUACAAAGGGAAUGGCACCGAAAUAUCGAUUGGACCUCGGCAACGGAAAAGCCCCGUCUACGUGGAGAUGAUGCGCGAGGAAACAUUCCAAGUGGAUGAAACGCCACACUUUGGGGCACCAUUUUUCCUAAGGAAGCUUAGUGACUAUACGGUGCUGGUGGGGACGAAAGCGAAACUGUCGGUGCACAUUUCCAACACUAAGGACGUAAAGGUCACCUGGUUGAAGGAUGAGGUACCGCUCGCCGAGUCGGAACGGUACGUGUGUACGAGCAAGGGCCAGCUGCACUCGCUCGACAUUGCGACCGUACUGCCCGAAGAUAAUGCCAAAUGGUCCUGCCAGGCGGAGAACCUGCUGGGCAAAUGUGUCUGCAGUGGGCAGCUAACGGUGCGAGUGCCGGAAACGUACAAAGCGCCCGAGUUUGUCGACGAGCUGCGGGCCAUCCUUACCAGCCAGGGUACGAUCUCGCUGGAGUGCAAGGUGAUCGGCUACCCGACGCCGGAGCUGCGCUGGUACAAGGACGAGAAGGAGAUCAAGGCGGGCGAUAUGUUCGGGCUGUCCAUCAACGGAGGUGAUUUGGCAUCGCUCGGCGUGUACACCUGCGUGGCGACGAACUGUGUCGGCCGCAGCCGCUCCAGCUCGAAGGUUCGCGUGCAGGAGCAGGACACGAUUGCGAAGGAAAAAACGAUCGAUAAAAUUUCACCGGUGUUUAUCGAAGAACUCGAAAGAAUUAAGGGCAAAAUAGGCGAUCGACUGGAGCUGCGUUGCAAAAUCAAUCUAUCUGCAGCUCCGCUCAGUGUGCGAUGGUACAACCAGAAUGGGCUGAUCGAAGCGAACGAAAAGUAUUCGAUAUUCGAGGACGGGUUGGGUUGCUUUCUGGUCGACAUCAAUGCGGCCGAACUGUGCGACGCGGGCGAGUGGAAGUGUGUGAUUACGUGCAAGGACGGUCUGAUCGGCAUCACCACCAAUGUGGUGGAGCUGGACGUGCCCCGGAACUACCGUGCGCCCCGGUUUAUGGAGGGCCUGAAAGCGGUCAUGACGGACGAGGGGCUCGUCUCGUUCGAGUGCAAGGUGAUCGGUUUCCCGACGCCCAUCCUGCGCUGGUACAAGGACGGCCGGGAGCUAAAGCCGGGCGACGUGUACCACCUGACCGGUGUGAACUCGCUCGGCUCGUACUGCUGCGUGGCCCGCAACAGUCUCGGCGAGGCAUCGAGCACCACCUUCCUCUCGGUGAACGACAUCAAGGCGCAGCUGAACGAGGAGGAGUGGCUAAACCUGCUGCAGGUGAAUCAGGCGCCCGUGUUCAAGCAAGGGCUGAACAGCCGCGAUGUCAACAUUGCCGAACCGUUCCGCCUGACGGUGGUGGUAAGCUCCGUGUCGAAGCCCACGGUCUGCUGGUACAAGGACGAUCUGGUGGUGGACGGUUCGGACAACUGCAAGCUGACGGCGGACGACAGCACCUACACGUACCACCUGGACGUCGUGGUGGCCCAGCUGGACGAUCAGGGCGAGUGGAAGUGUGUGGCGUCGAACGAGUUCGGCCAGGCCGGCACGUCCUGCUUCGUGAAGCUGAUCAUACCGAAGCACUACCGGAAGCCGAAGUUCCUGGAAAACCUGAAGGCGGUGAUGCUGCGCGACGGCACGGUGAACCUGGAGUGCAAGGUGAUCGGCGUGCCGCAGCCGGUGCUGAAGUGGUACAAGGACGGGACCGAGCUGAAGCCGGGCGACAUUCAUCGCAUCAUUACCGGGCAGGACGGCAAGUGCUGCCUGGGCACGUACACGUGCGAGGCGGUCAACUGCAUGGGCUCGGUAAGCAGUACCGCCUCGCUGCACGGCUACGACGGGAUAGCGGACGAAGGGCCGCUCCCACCGGAGGGGGCGGCUGCCGGCCCGCUAGUGAAGGACGCGUCCCUGUCCACCAUCCACGAGGAGCGCACGUCGCAGAUGUUCGAUACGGCCGCGUCGUACGAGAGUGCGGCCAGCAAUGGGCGGGGCGAGAUCUCGUUCACCUUCGACGGCAAGGAGGUGUCGGUGUCGCUGUACGAAACGCCCGAGCUGACGAACGACGAGGCGCUGCAGAUAGUGCAGAUGUUUGCCGACCAGCUGCACCAGAACAUUAACGAAAACGAAAACGUGACCAGCCUGCCGUCGCUGCGGUUCGUGAAGGAAACGUCCACGUCCGGGCAGCUGGUGAUGGAGGCGCUCGUCAUCGACGUGCCGGUGGUCGAGGACAGCAACGUGUUCGAGGACGAUCGGCGCACCGACUUCGACAUCGACGAGAUGCACGACGAGAACACGUUCACGUUCGAGAGCGGCAUCGCGUCGUCGAAGGUGCGGACGCACCGGCAGAGCAGCGGCGAGCAGGACGAGUUCCGCAGCAUGACCCCGUCCGACCACUCGGACCUGGAGCAGGACGUGAUGAUGAGCAUACUGAGCCGGGACAGUCUGCCCGUACUGACGAGCCCGGCCAAGACGACGGACGGAGGAGCAGCGUCCGGCGGUGCGGAUACGGCCGAACGCUUGCUUUCGCUGGUGGAGACGGUCGUCUUCCAUCUCGCCUCGAUACGGGAGGAGGUUCGCAAUCAGACGGACCUUACCAUGACGCCCAGCUUCUUGGAGCGGAGCGAGAAGAUUUUGGCCGACAUCUUGUAUCCGGUGCAGCAGCUGCACAAACAGCUGGCCGGCCGCCCGGUGGUGCUGGAGAGCCUGCUCGGCCCCGUCGAACAUCUGGCCCGCGGGCUGAGCGUGGUGGAGAAGUGUGUGCAGAUCGGCGGGUACAGCCGCACGUUCGUGUACCGCACGAGCGUCUGCAUUGUGGAGGGCUGCGGUAAGCAGAUUCUGAACUGUCUGACCGAUAUGCGGCUGCUGACCGGCCAGCAGCCGGAGGCGGACUUUGUCACCCAGCAAAAGAUCUACAUGGCGCUGCUGGAGGUGCAGACGAGCAUCGAGUCGGCACAGGAAAGCAUCCAGUCGCAGCGCAUCCUGCAGGAGGCGGACUCGGUCGCGGCGAUGCAGGACCUGUCCAGCAUUGUCACGAAUCGCUCCAUCUUCGAGGACAUCGAUUUCAUCCUGAAGGCGGACGAACCGAUCGGUGGGCUGCAGAUCAAAAACCUGCAGAUCACGGUGCUGGAGUUCGAGAAGUCGCUCGCCACCAUACUGACGAUCGUUUCGCAGUCGGACAGCUGCAACGUGCGGUCGGAAAUUGCCCGCUUUGGGCUGACGGAGGUGCUGCUAGAGCUGAAGAACAAGACGGAGGUGCUGCUGGUGCAGAGCGCCGAGCAGCGCCAGCAGCGAAUCGUGGCGGAGGAAAUGAAACCGGCCGUUACCGAGCUGGGCAGCCUGGUCGAGCUGGUCGAGGCGAGCGCAUCGUACGCGGAGGUGAUCACCUGUCUCAACGAUAUGUUUGUGCCGCUGGAGGAAAUGAAGGCGGCCCUGUCGAAGCUGUCGAGCGAGCUGCGCCAUGUGCCGGAAAGGGAGUACAGCAGCAAUCAGGCGCUCGAGCAGCAGAUUGAAGAGUUUUACGAGAUGAUCGUACACCUCAAGGAGGAAAUACAGCGCACGAGCAAGGAGUACACCCGCAAUGGGGACGUGUUUGUGCGGCUGGAAGAUUGUCUCAAUCGGCUGUUUUGCAUCCACACGGCCGAUUCGAUCGACGACGAGGAGUGCGCUCGGAUGGAGAUUGUGCUGAUCCAGCUGCUGAUGAACCAUCUGACGAAGCUUGAGCUGGCGCUGCAGGAGAAGUCCGAGCAGGAGAUGCUGUCAUACAUGUCGACGGCUUUCCUGAACGUGCAUGACAAUUUGCAGCACUUUAGCUAUAUGCGCUCGAACAAUAAGUACGAGAAGAUACGGCAGGACAUACUGCAGCACGCCAGAAAGAUGGUAUUUUUCCUAAUUGAAAGAGAGUCUUCCGUCACGGCGACGGAGGAACGCCGCAAGGCCAUCUAUGAGAUUGCGCUCUUUUCUAUCCAUAACGAUUCGGCACGGAUGAGGGAAGGUUUGGAGAAGGAUUUCUCCGAACUGCUGGGAGAUACUGACAGUGCUCACCGGUUGCUGAAAUGCUUGUAUGAGUUUGACGAGUGUGCAACUUUGUGUUUGAAAACUCACGAGCAGUCCGUAUUUGCGGACAAUGAGGCAGCGUUUGCAUCUUUGUUGAAGUUGGCAACUGCUAUGCGCCAGUCCUGUGAGACGGUGGAAGAUCAGAUCAUGAAUAAUUCAUUCGAUCAUUGCAAGGUUUUAACUUCCUUGGAGUUUCUCCAUGCUGCUGCGGACGAUUAUUCGCAAAGUAAUGAAAACGGUAUGGCUCUGCUGUGUCAGAACUUGUGUGAAGAUUUGAAUCUGUUGAUAAUGACUGGUAAGCGAAAGCAGGUAAAGAGUACGGAUAUUAGUGAAACUGUAUCAACGAGUACACUAGAUUCGCUAAAAACAAGCGUGAUAGAAAUCAGAAAAACUAUGCAAGCUAAAUCAUCUACGCUCAACAUCGAGCAGCCACUCAGUGCUUUAGAGUGUACGAUCAACGAGCUUGUGGAUCAGCACAUGCAGUUGGAUAGUGUUGAGCUGGUGAAUGCCAUUGCAACUCCUAUUGCGAAGGUGACCGAGACCUUGAAGAACAUCGAUCUGCAGUCGGCUCAUGUGGAACCGACAGUAGUGAUGGAGGAUUGUUUGCUGCAGAUGUGCGAGUCGCUUGAAAAGGCACAGUCUGAGCAUUCAUUGGAACAGGCCAAAGAGGGCACAGUUCAUAGCAAACUGCUCGAGACGGUCACUCAUGUACAGCACGACAUUCGCGAGUGCAUCCAGUUGGAGAAAGACACUCGGGCCAAGGCAUCUCAGAUGCAACAGGGCGCUCUGGAGUCGCUGAAGCAAUCGUUGUCUGAUGUCCAACAGCUCAUCCAGACAGAGAUUGUAGUGAAGGAGGUGUCGAAGCCGUUGUUCGCUUUGGAGAGUACGAUCAACGAGCUCAUCGGCCAGCCUAUGAAGCUCGAGAGCAUUGAGCUGGUGAAUGCCAUUGCAACUCCUAUUGCGAAGGUGACAGAGACCUUGAAGAACAUCGAUCUGCAGUCGGCUCAUGUGGAACCGACGGUAGUGAUGGAGGAUUGUUUGCUGCAGAUGUGCGAGUCGCUUGAAAAGGCACAGUCUGAGCAUUCAUUGGAACAGGCCAAAGAGGGCACAGUUCAUAGCAAACUGCUCGAGACGGUCACUCAUGUACAGCACGACAUCCGCGAGUGCAUCCAGUUGGAGAAAGACACUCGGGCCAAGGUAUCUCAGAUGCAACAGGGCGCUCUGGAGUCGCUGAAGCAAUCGUUGUCUGAUGUCCAACAGCUCAUCCAGACAGAGAUUGUAGUGAAGGAGGUGUCGAAGCCGUUGUUCGCUUUGGAGAGUACGAUCAACGAGCUCGUCGGCCAGCCUAUGAAGCUUGAGAGCAUUGAGCUGGUGAAUGCCAUUGCAACUCCUAUUGCGAAGGUGACAGAGACCUUGAAGAACAUCGAUCUGCAGUCGGCUCAUGUGGAACCGACAGUAGUGAUGGAGGAUUGUUUGCUGCAGAUGUGCGAGUCGCUUGAAAAGGCACAGUCUGAGCAUUCAUUGGAACAGGCCAAAGAGGGCACAGUUCAUAGCAAACUGCUCGAGACGGUCACUCAUGUACAGCACGACAUUCGCGAGUGCAUCCAGUUGGAGAAAGACACUCGGGCCAAGGUAUCUCAGAUGCAACAGGGCGCUCUGGAGUCGCUGAAGCAAUCGUUGUCUGAUGUCCAACAGCUCAUCCAGACAGAGAUUGUAGUGAAGGAGGUGUCGAAGCCGUUGUUCGCUUUGGAGAGUACGAUCAACGAGCUCGUCGGCCAGCCUAUGAAGCUUGAGAGCAUUGAGCUGGUGAAUGCCAUUGCAACUCCUAUUGCGAAGGUGACAGAGACCUUGAAGAACAUCGAUCUGCAGUCGGCUCAUGUGGAACCGACGGUAGUGAUGGAGGAUUGUUUGCUGCAGAUGUGCGAGUCGCUUGAAAAGGCACAGUCUGAGCAUUCAUUGGAACAGGCCAAAGAGGGCACAGUUCAUAGCAAACUGCUCGAGACGGUCACUCAUGUACAGCACGAUAUCCGCGAGUGUAUCCAGAUGGAGAAAGACACUCGGGCCAAGGCAUCUCAGAUGCAACAGGGCGCUCUGGAGUCGCUGAAGCAAUCGUUGUCUGAUGUCCAACAGCUCAUCCAGACAGAGAUUGUAGUGAAGGAGGUGUCGAAGCCGUUGUUCGCUUUGGAGAGUACGAUCAACGAGCUCAUCGGCCAGCCUAUGAAGCUCGAGAGCAUUGAGCUGGUGAAUGCCAUUGCAACUCCUAUUGCGAAGGUGACAGAGACCUUGAAGAACAUCGAUCUGCAGUCGGCUCAUGUGGAACCGACGGUAGUGAUGGAGGAUUGUUUGCUGCAGAUGUGCGAGUCGCUUGAAAAGGCACAGUCUGAGCAUUCAUUGGAACAGGCCAAAGAGGGCACAGUUCAUAGCAAACUGCUCGAGACGGUCACUCAUGUACAGCACGACAUCCGCGAGUGUAUCCAGAUGGAGAAAGACACUCGGGCCAAGACAUCUCAGAUGCAACAGGGCGCUCUGGAGUCGCUGAAGCAAUCGUUGUCUGAUGUCCAACAGCUCAUCCAGACAGAGAUUGUAGUGAAGGAGGUGUCGAAGCCGUUGUUCGCUUUGGAGAGUACGAUCAACGAGCUCGUCGGCCAGCCUAUGAAGCUUGAGAGCAUUGAGCUGGUGAAUGCCAUUGCAACUCCUAUUGCGAAGGUGACAGAGACCUUUAAGAACAUCGAUCUGCAGUCGGCUCAUGUGGCACCGACGGUAGUGAUGGAGGAUUGUUUGCUGCAGAUGUGCGAGUCGCUUGAAAAGGCACAGUCUGAGCAUUCAUUGGAACAGGCCAAAGAGGGCACAGUUCAUAGCAAACUGCUCGAGACGGUCACUCAUGUACAGCACGACAUUCGCGAGUGCAUCCAGUUGGAGAAAGACACUCGGGCCAAGGCAUCUCAGAUGCAACAGGGCGCUCUGGAGUCGCUGAAGCAAUCGUUGUCUGAUGUCCAACAGCUCAUCCAGACAGAGAUUGUAGUGAAGGAGGUGUCGAAGCCGUUGUUCGCUUUGGAGAGUACGAUCAACGAGCUCGUCGGCCAGCCUAUGAAGCUUGAGAGCAUUGAGCUGGUGAAUGCCAUUGCAACUCCUAUUGCGAAGGUGACAGAGACCUUGAAGAACAUCGAUCUGCAGUCGGCUCAUGUGGAACCGACAGUAGUGAUGGAGGAUUGUUUGCUGCAGAUGUGCGAGUCGCUUGAAAAGGCACAGUCUGAGCAUUCAUUGGAACAGGCCAAAGAGGGCACAGUUCAUAGCAAACUGCUCGAGACGGUCACUCAUGUACAACACGAUAUCCGCGAGUGUAUCCAGAUGGAGAAAGACACUCGGGCCAAGGCAUCUCAGAUGCAACAGGGCGCUCUGGAGUCGCUGAAGCAAUCGUUGUCUGAUGUCCAACAGCUCAUCCAGACAGAGAUUGUAGUGAAGGAGGUGUCGAAGCCGUUGUUCGCUUUGGAGAGUACGAUCAACGAGCUCGUCGGCCAGCCUAUGAAGCUUGAGAGCAUUGAGCUGGUGAAUGCCAUUGCAACUCCUAUUGCGAAGGUGACCGAGACCUUGAAGAACAUCGAUCUGCAGUCGGCUCAAGUAGAGCCGACGGUAGUGAUGGAGGAUUGUUUGCUGCAGAUGUGCGAGUCGCUUGAAAAGGCACAGUCUGAGCAUUCAUUGGAACAGGCCAAAGAGGGCACAGUUCAUAGCAAACUGCUCGAGACGGUCACUCAUGUACAGCACGACAUUCGCGAGUGCAUCCAGUUGGAGAAAGACACUCGGGCCAAGGUAUCUCAGAUGCAACAGGGCGCUCUGGAGUCGCUGAAGCAAUCGUUGUCUGAUGUCCAACAGCUCAUCCAGACAGAGAUUGUAGUGAAGGAGGUGUCGAAGCCGUUGUUCGCUUUGGAGAGUACGAUCAACGAGCUCGUCGGCCAGCCUAUGAAGCUUGAGAGCAUUGAGCUGGUGAAUGCCAUUGCAACUCCUAUUGCGAAGGUGACCGAGACCUUGAAGAACAUCGAUCUGCAGUCAGCUCAUGUGGAACCGACGGUAGUGAUGGAGGAUUGUUUGCUGCAGAUGUGCGAGUCGCUUGAAAAGGCACAGUCUGAGCAUUCAUUGGAACAGGCCAAAGAAGGCACAGUUCAUAGCAAACUGCUCGAGACGGUCACUCAUGUACAGCACGACAUCCGCGAGUGUAUCCAGAUGGAGAAAGACACUCGGGCCAAGGCAUCUCAGAUGCAACAGGGCGCUCUGGAGUCGCUGAAGCAAUCGUUGUCUGAUGUCCAACAGCUCAUCCAGACAGAGAUUGUAGUGAAGGAGGUGUCGAAGCCGUUGUUCGCUUUGGAGAGUACGAUCAACGAGCUCGUCGGCCAGCCUAUGAAGCUUGAGAGCAUUGAGCUGGUGAAUGCCAUUGCAACUCCAAUUGCGAAGGUAACAGAGACCUUGAAGAACAUCGAUCUGCAGUCGGCUCACGUGGAACCGACGGUAGUGAUGGAGGAUUGUUUGCUGCAGAUGUGCGAGUCGCUUGAAAAGGCACAGUCUGAGCAUUCAUUGGAACAGGCUAAACAGGGCACAGCUCAUAGCAAACUGCUCGAGACGGUCACUCAUGUACAGCACGACAUCCGCGAGUGUAUCCAGUUGGAGAAAGACACUCGGGCCAAGGCAUCUCAGAUGCAACAGGGCGCUCUGGAGUCGCUGAAGCAAUCGUUGUCUGAUGUCCAACAGCUCAUCCAGACAGAGAUUGUAGUGAAGGAGGUGUCGAAGCCGUUGUUCGCUUUGGAGAGUACGAUCAACGAGCUCGUCGGCCAGCCUAUGAAGCUUGAGAGCAUUGAGCUGGUGAAUGCCAUUGCAACUCCUAUUGCGAAGGUAACAGAGACCUUGAAGAACAUCGAUCUGCAGUCGGCUCAAGUAGAGCCGACGGUAGUGAUGGAGGAUUGUUUGCUGCAGAUGUGCGAGUCGCUUGAAAAGGCACAGUCUGAGCAUUCAUUGGAACAGGCCAAAGAAGGCACAGUUCAUAGCAAACUGCUCGAGACGGUCACUCAUGUACAGCACGACAUCCGCGAGUGUAUCCAGAUGGAGAAAGACACUCGGGCCAAGGCAUCUCAGAUGCAACAGGGCGCUCUGGAGUCGCUGAAGCAAUCGUUGUCUGAUGUCCAACAGCUCAUCCAGACAGAGAUUGUAGUGAAGGAGGUGUCGAAGCCGUUGUUCGCUUUGGAGAGUACGAUCAACGAGCUCGUCGGCCAGCCUAUGAAGCUUGAGAGCAUUGAGCUGGUGAAUGCCAUUGCAACUCCUAUUGCGAAGGUAACAGAGACCUUGAAGAACAUCGAUCUGCAGUCGGCUCAAGUAGAGCCGACGGUAGUGAUGGAGGAUUGUUUGCUGCAGAUGUGCGAGUCGCUUGAAAAGGCACAGUCUGAGCAUUCAUUGGAACAGGCCAAAGAGGGCACAGUUCAUAGCAAACUGCUCGAGACGGUCACUCAUGUACAGCACGAUAUCCGCGAGUGUAUCCAGAUGGAGAAAGACACUCGGGCCAAGGCAUCUCAGAUGCAACAGGGCGCUCUGGAGUCGCUGAAGCAAUCGUUGUCUGAUGUCCAACAGCUCAUCCAGACAGAGAUUGUAGUGAAGGAGGUGUCGAAGCCGUUGUUCGCUUUGGAGAGUACGAUCAACGAGCUCGUCGGCCAGCCUAUGAAGCUUGAGAGCAUUGAGCUGGUGAAUGCCAUUGCAACUCCUAUUGCGAGGGUGACAGAGACCUUGAAGAACAUCGAUCUGCAGUCGGCUCAAGUAGAGCCGACGGUAGUGAUGGAGGAUUGUUUGCUGCAGAUGUGCGAGUCGCUUGAAAAGGCACAGUCUGAGCAUUCAUUGGAACAGGCCAAAGAAGGCACAGUUCAUAGCAAACUGCUCGUGACGGUCACUCAUGUACAGCACGACAUCCGCGAGUGUAUCCAGAUGGAGAAAGACACUCGGGCCAAGGCAUCUCAGAUGCAACAGGGCGCUCUGGAGUCGCUGAAGCAAUCGUUGUCUGAUGUCCAACAGCUCAUCCAGACAGAGAUUGUAGUGAAGGAGGUGUCGAAGCCGUUGUUCGCUUUGGAGAGUACGAUCAACGAGCUCGUCGGCCAGCCUAUGAAGCUUGAGAGCAUUGAGCUGGUGAAUGCCAUUGCAACUCCUAUUGCGAAGGUAACAGAGACCUUGAAGAACAUCGAUCUGCAGUCGGCUCAUGUGGAACCGACGGUAGUGAUGGAGGAUUGUUUGCUGCAGAUGUGCGAGUCGCUUGAAAAGGCACAGUCUGAGCAUUCAUUGGAACAGGCCAAAGAGGGCACAGUUCAUAGCAAACUGCUCGAGACGGUCACUCAUGUACAGCACGACAUUCGCGAGUGCAUCCAGUUGGAGAAAGACACUCGGGCCAAGGUAUCUCAGAUGCAACAGGGCGCUCUGGAGUCGCUGAAGCAAUCGUUGUCUGAUGUCCAACAGCUCAUCCAGACAGAGAUUGUAGUGAAGGAGGUGUCGAAGCCGUUGUUCGCUUUGGAGAGUACGAUCAACGAGCUCGUCGGCCAGCCUAUGAAGCUUGAGAGCAUUGAGCUGGUGAAUGCCAUUGCAACUCCUAUUGCGAAGGUGACAGAGACCUUGAAGAACAUCGAUCUGCAGUCGGCUCAAGUAGAGCCGACGGUAGUGAUGGAGGAUUGUUUGCUGCAGAUGUGCGAGUCGCUUGAAAAGGCACAGUCUAAGCAUUCAUUGGAACAGGCCAAAGAGGGCACAGUUCAUAGCAAACUGCUCGAGACGGUCACUCAUGUACAGCACGACAUCCGCGAGUGUAUCCAAAUAGAGAAGGAUGUACGAGAAAAACAUAAUAGUUCGAUUAGGAAAGAAGAUAAUGCGAUUAUGAUAAAGAAGGAAAAGGAAGAGACCAAGAAAAAGAAAGAGGAGGAAGAGGAUAAGGAGAUGAAGGAAGAAGAAAAAGCUAAGAAGACUAAAGAUGAAGAAAAAGCCAAGAAGAUGAAAGAAGAGGCUGAAGUCAGCAAUAAGAAAUCAGAAGAGGAAUAUAAGAAAAAGAUAGAUGAAACAGAAACUGAGAAAAAGGCAGAAGAAAGUAACAAAAAGAAAGAAGAGAAAGAGGCCAUUAAGAAUAAGAAAGAAGAAGAAGCUAUGCAGGUUAAGCUUGAUGAAGAAAAGAAGGAAGCAGAAGAAAUCAAUAAGAAUCAGAAAGAGGAAGAAGCCAAUAAAAAUCAGAGAGAACAAGAAAAGAAGGAAGAGGAAGAGGCCAAGAAGAAGCAGGAUGAGGAAGCUGCCAAGAAAAAGAAAGAAGAGGUAGAAAAGAAGGCAGAGGAAGAAGUCAAGAAGAAGGGUGAAGAAGAGGCUAAGAAGAAGAAGGAAGAGGAAGACGCCAAGAAAAAUCAGGAAGAGGAAGCAGCCAAGAAUAAGAAAGAAGAGGAAGAAGCCAGAAAGAAGAAGGAAGAAGUAGACGCCAGAAAAAAUAAGGAAGAAGAAGAAGCCAAGAAGAAGCAAGAAGAGGAAGCAGCCAAGAAGAAGAAGGAAGAAGAAGAAGCCAAGAAGAAGAAGGAAGAAGAAGAAGUCAAUAAGAAGAAAGAAGCGGAAGAAGCGAAGAAGAAGAAAGAAGCGGCAGAAGCCAAGAAGAAUAAAGAAGAAGAAGUCAAGAAGAAGGAAGAGGAAGAAGCCAAGAAGAAGAAAGAAGAAGAAGUUAAGAAGAAGACUGAAGACGAGGCUAAGAAGAAGAUGGAAGAGGAAGAAGCCAAGAAGAAGGAAGAGGAAGAAGCCAAGAAGAAGAAGGCUGAAGAAGAGGCUAAGAAGAAGAAGGCUGAAGAAGAGGCCAAGAAGAAGAAGGAAGAAGAAGCAAUCAAGAAGAAGAAGGAAGAGGAAGAAGCCAAGAAGAAGGCUGAAGAAGAGGCCAAGAAGAAGAAGGAAGAGGAAGAAGCCAAGAAGAAGCAGGAAGAGGAAGAAGCCAAUAAGAAGGAGGCGGAAGAAGAGGCUAAGAAAAAGAAGGCUGAAGAAGAAGCCAAGAAAAAGAAGGAAGAAGAAGAGGCCAAGAAGAAGAUGGAAGAGGCAGAAGUCAAGAAGAAGAAGGAAGAGGAAGAAGCCAAGAAGAAGAAGGAAGAGGAAGAAGCCAAGAAGAAGAAGGAAGAGGAAGAAUUUAAGAAGAAGAAGGCUGAAGAAGAAGCCAAGAAGAAGGAAGAAGAAGAAAUCAAGAAGAAGAAGGAAGAGGAAGAAUCCAAGAAGAAGCAGGAAGAGGAAGAAGCCAAUCAGAAGAAGGCUGAAGAUGAGGCUAAGAAAAAGAAGGCUGAAGAAGAAGCCAGGAAAAAGAAGGAAGAGGAAGAAGCCAAGAAACAGAUGGAAGAGGAAGAAGCUAAGAAGAAGGAAGAGGAAGAAAAGAAGGUUGAGGAAGAUGCCGAGAAGAAGAAGGCUGAAGACGAGGCUAAGAAAAAGAAGGCUGAAGAAGAAGCCAAGAAAAAGAAGGAAGAGGAAGAGGCCAAGAAGAAGAUGGAAGAGGAAGAAGCUAAGAAGAAGAAGGAAGAGGAAGAGGCCCAGAAGAAGAAAGAAGAGGAAGAAGCCAAGAAGAAGAAAGAAGAAGAAGUCAAGAAGAAGGCUGAAGAAGAGGCUAAGAAGAAGAAGGAAGAGGAAGUAAUCAAGAAGAAGGAAGAGGAAGACUCCAAGAAGAAGAAGGCUGAAGAAGAGACUAAGAAGAAGAAGGAAGAGAAAGAAGCUAAGAAGAAGAAGGAAGAGGAAGAAGGCAAGAAGAAGAAUGAAGAGGAAGAAGCCAAGAAGAAGAAGGCUGAGGAAGAUGCCAAGAAGAAGGAAGAAGAAGAAAUCAAGAAGAAGAAGGAAGAGGAAGAUGCCAAGAAGAAGAAGGCUGAAGACGAGGCUAAGAAAAAUAAAGCUGAAGAAGAAGCCAAGAAAAAGAAGGAAGAGGAAGAGGCCAUGAAAAAGAAGGAAGAGGAAGAAGCCAAGAAGAAGAAAGAAGAGGAAGAAGUUAAGAAGAAGGCGGAAGAAGAGGCUAAGAAGAAGAAGGAAGAGGAAGAUGCCAAGAAGAAGCAGGAGGAAGAAGCUGCCAAGAAGAAGAAGGAAGAGGCCAAAAAGAAGAAGGAAGAGGAAGAAGCCAAGAAGAAAAAGGCUGAAGAAGAGGCUAAGAAGAAGAAGGCUGAAGAAGAGGCCAAGAAGAAGAAGGAAGAGGAAGAAGCCAAGAAGAAGCAAGAGGAAGAAGCAGGCAAGAAGAAGAAGGAAGAGGAAGAGGCCAAGAAGAAGAAGGAAGAGGAAGCUGCCAAGAAAAAGAAGGCUGAAGAAGAGGCUAAGAAGAAGGAAGAGGAAGCUGCCAAGAAGAAGAAGGUAGAGGAAGAAGCCAAGAAGAAGAAAGAAGAGGAAGAAGCCAAGAAGAAGAAAGAAGAAGAAGUCAAGAAGAAGGCUGAAGAAGAGGCUAAGAAGAAGAAGGAAGAGGAAGUAAUCAAGAAGAAGGAAGAGGAAGACGCCAAGAAGAAGAAGGCUGAAGAAGAGGCUAAGAAGAAGAAGGAAGAGGAAGAAGCUAAGAAGAAGAAGGAAGAGGAAGAAGUCAAGAAGAAGAAGGAAGAGGAAGCUGCCAAGAAGAAAGAGGUAGAGGAAGAGGCCAAGAAGAAGAAGGAAGAGGAAGAAGCCAAAAAGAAGAAAGAAGAGGAAGAAGUUAAGAAGAAGAAGGCUGAAGAAGAGGCUAAGAAGAAGAAGGAAGAGGAAGAUGCCAAGAAGAAGCAGGAGGAAGAAGCUGCCAAGAAGAAGAAGGAAGAGGAAGAAGCCAAGAAAAAGAAGGCUGAAGAAGAGGCUAAGAAGAAGGAAGAGGAAGAAGGCAAGAAGAAGAAGGAAGAGGAAGCUGCCAAGAAGAAGAAGGUAGAGGAAGAAGCCAAGAAGAAGAAGGAAGAGGAAGAGAAGAAGGAAGAGGAAGAGGUAAAAAAGAAACAGGAAGAGGAAGCAGCCAAGAAGAAGAAGGAAGAGGAAGAAGCCAAGAAGAAGAAGGAAGAGGAAGAAGCCAAAAAGAAGAAUGAAGAGGAAGAAGUUAAGAAGAAGAAGGCUGAAGAAGAGGCUAAGAAGAAGAAGGAAGAGGAAGCUGCCAAGAAAAAGAAGGCUGAAGAAGAGGCCAAGAAGAAGAAGGAAGAAGAAAAUGCCAAGAAGAAGAAAGAAGAGGAAGAAGCUAGAAAGAAAAAAGAAGUAGAAGAGACCAAGAAGAAGGCCGAGGCAGAAGCUAAGAGAAAGAAGGAAGAGGAAGACAUCAAGAAGAAAAAGGAAGCAGAAGCAGAACUCGCGCUAAGCAAAACGAGCGUGGAACUGCAGCUGCUGCAGAAGGAUCUUGAGUACAUUCAGCUGAACUUCGGUUCGGACCGGGUAGAUCUUACCUCAAAGACCGUACAGUCCUACUUUGUGCAAAUUUGUAAAUCCUUAACCCUAUUGCAUCCGUCCGUGGUGGCCACUGUCCAGAAGCCGUCUUACGCGACCUGCGUAAACAUUCUGCAGCAGCUUACCCUUCCCGUGCACGAUCUGGUGAGCGUUCUGCCGCCAAGCACGAGCGCGGGAGACGCUGAAGCCUUAAGUCCGGCACUGAAGCAUAACUUGAGACAGUUGUAUCGCAUCGUAUCGCUAAUUUCGCAGCAGCACCUUACCAGGGUGCGCAAUGAGCGCGAAGUUACGAUCGUGGAGGAGAUCAAGCGGCAGCUUCUUAGCCUGGACCGCCUGCUGAAGGCGCUGCUUGAUCUGCACAGCAAGACGGAACAGCAGAAGGAUCUGCUGGAAAUGGUUCGUAAGAAUUUGGCCACGCUCAAGAGCGUCAUGCGGCAGGUUAGGACGACCUGCUGCCUGCAGACGCUUGUCGAGAAGGACGACCAGCUGCUGGGCGCGUUCGAGCUGGUAAUUGAACGGCUAACGGUGAACCCGCUGCAGCUCGACUCCGUCGAGUAUCUUCGUUUGCUAGCAGAGUCUCUGGAGCGGUACUGCGACGUGAUGCGAAGGCUCGGCAACAAUGGGACGAUUUCCGACUGGCUGUUGCGCUACCAGCUGCAGCUGCUCAAGAUCUUCGACACGAUCGAGUUUUGUCUGAGCGAGGAACAGUUCAUAGUGAUCGGUAGCAAGGAGAAGUACACCCGCACCAGCACGCAGGAUGCGAUACAUGCGGUGAAGCAGCUGAUAACGCACUACAAGAUCGCCAGCAGUCAGGAGGUGCGUCGGGAGCAAAAGUCGGAACAGACGCACAUCCAGCUGAUUGCCGCACGCCGGGGACUUACGGACGAGGCGGAAUCGGUGACGGGCGGUGGCCGGGAAAGAAGUGCCCGCCGCACGGUAGACGCGCGGCAGAGCCGGGCGGAUGCGGUACGGCGCCAUGCCACCCGUAGCCCGGUCGGGCAGCGGGACGAUCCGCCCCGCAGCUCGUCCAGGUGCAGCCUGGGCGCGUUACCGUCCAAGCGCGGGCCAUCGUUUGCGGUGUACCUGAAGAACGUGUUCAUCGAGCGCGAUCACAGCUUCAAGCUGCUGUGCGUGGUGCUGGACUCGGAGAUUGACGUCCGGUGGACGAAGGAUGGCAGCGACAUCGCACCAACCGGGCGGUACCAUAUGGUGCAGAAGAACGGGCUCAUCACGCUGCAGGUGGACCACGCCGAGUACGAGGAUACCGGUGUGUAUGCGUGCCACGUUUUCAACAAUUACGGCCAGUCGUUCAACAAGUGCACCGUCGAGGUGUAUGAUACGAGCGAUGAUAUCAUCUGCCCGUCGUUCAGCAUACCGCACCAAAUGGAUUCUCCCGACCCCCUUCCGAAAGGUGGAGCUGCUGGUGGUACUGAGAACUGGUGGUGGUUGGUGUUGUUGAAACACACAACAGAGGAAAAAGGGAAAACGAUGACGGGCAGACGGGAGCGCCGGUCGCGGUCGAAAAAGAACCAGCCGGAGGAGCCGGUCCAGGUGGAGGUGACGCCGGCCGAGCCGACGAUGCUGGACCUGCUGAAGAUACCGGGGCGGGGCGAUUCGCCGCGCGAUUUCCGCAGCCUGCACCGGGAAAAGUCGCCGUUCGAGAUCGGCGAGCGGCCGGAGAAGCAGGUCGCGUCCCAGAAGGCCAUCAUCGACAAGGCGCUCGUGAUGGACAUCUCGGGCGGCGUCACGAACGUGGACGAGUACAUCUCGCUGUUCUUCACCGACUCGUGCUCGCUGGAUCCGGCCAGCUGCGGCGACAUCUCGACCGUCAAGGUGGUGGUGGUGGAGGAGGAGAUGGUCGAGCCCGAGCCGCCGAAGCCGGCCGAGGAGCACUCCAAAACGGAGGCGGAGGCGGCCGCCGAGCUGGCCCGCAUACAGGAGGAGGAGGAGGCAGGUAAGUCCGCGAAGGAGCCGACGCCGCCGCCGCCGCCCCCGCCCGAGCCGGAACCAGAGCCGGAACCGGUGGAGGAAGAGGAGGAGGAAGAGGAGGAGGAGGAGGAACCCGAACCCGAGCCGCCUCGGGCGCCGACGCCGCCCCCGCCGAAGGAGCCGACGCCCGAGCCGGAACCGAUAAAGCCACCGCCCGAGCCCGAAUAUGACUCAGACGUAGAGCUGAUCCCGGUGAAGGAAGAGUUCGAUCCGUCGGUGUGGAAGAGCAUCGACAGUCUCGAACUGCAGCUGCAGCAGCAAGCGGAAGCGGAGGCGAAACCGAAAGCGAAGGAGAAAGAGAAGUCCCGUGAAGCGUCGCGCCGCGAAUCGACCACGCAGGAGAUGACGGAACGGGAGCGCGACCUGGAAUGGCAGCGGCAGCGCCAGAUGAUGCGACCGCCGCUGGUGAUCUCGCAUCUGAAGGCGCGUGCCGCCCCGAAGGGCUCGACGGUGAAGCUGACCUGCACGAUCUCCGGCCCGGGCAUCACGGUGCGCUGGCUCAAGAACGGUGACCCGAUCGAGAAGAGCACCAAGCACACGUUCAAGGUGAGCGAGGGCCUGCUCAGCCUGGAGAUCAAGGACAUCGACAAUGCCGACGCGGGCGAGUACUGCUGCAUGAUCAAGAACAAGAAUGGCGAAACGUCCACCAGCACCUCGCUGACGGUGUACGAAAAUUACGAAACCAAACCAACGCCGCCGACGUUCAUCUCGAUCAAAGAUGAUGUUUCACUAGAGGACAAGCAGCAGCAGCAGCAGCAGCAGCAGGCACCGGCAGUAGUUGCAAAUGAAGGGCAAGCAGCAGAAGCUGCUGCCACUGCUUCUACCCCUGAACAACCGGCAGCAGUAGCAGAAGCUACCGCAGCUGCUGGCGAUGCUCCGGCAGCCGAACAACCCGUCUCGGGCGAUGCCGCACUUCCUCCCUCUGGCGCUCCCCAACCUCCGCCAGCUCAACCGCAGGAACAACCACCUCCUGCUCCUGCCGCCGUCGAAGCACCCGCCGCACCGACGACCGAAGAACAGCCCGCGGGCGAAGAGGGCGAAGCACCGGCCGCGCCACCACCGGAAGUGGGGGGCCAUGCCAAGCACAGGCGAACGGCGCCGGAGAAGUCACCGUCGCCGCCACCGAUCGGGGGCGAUAUGGCCCGCUACUACCACAAGAAGAUACUGCACCAGCGGGACAAGCUGCAGUGGUCGGUGCACCUGACCAACCGGGCCCUCGUGGCCGGCCACCGGCUGAAGCUGAUGUGCUGCGCCACCGGGUUCGAUCCGACGCUGGAGUGGUUCAAGGACGGGCAGCCAGUCGAGUACGACGACCACAUCGUCGACAUGAACGACAUGCACCGGGGCGCGUACGGCUGCCUGUGGGUCAACGAUGUCACCGUGAAGGAUGCGGGCGAGUACAAGUGCAAGGCGAAGAACGCGACGGAGGAGAUCGAAACCGUGUGCCGGCUGACGGUGGUCGAGCCGGUCAACACGGUGCAAACCUUUGCGCCCACGUUCGUGCGCAUGGUUCGAGAAAACUACGACCCGUACAGCAACAUCCUCACGGUGGAGUUUGUGAUCCGGGCCAAUCCGACGCCAACGCUGACGUGGUACAAGGGCAUCAUCAAGCUGGGCGUCUACCCGGACAGCCACAUGCGCAUCUCGCAGCACUUUGACGAGACGGCCGAGCACACGAUCGCGUCGCUCGUGUUCUACGACCCUUCGUACACGGACAAUGGCGAGUACAUCUGCAUCGCGACGAACACGGUCGGCGAGGCGACGUGCAAGCAUGUGGUCGACUUCUGCAGCAAGGAGCAGUACUUCGAGUGGUUGGCCAAGAAGCGGCCCGGCUGGUUUAAGGCCGAAUCGUACAUUGCGGUCGAGCCGCCGCCCACCUUUGGCGAUGGCGAAACUGGCGAGGAGGAAGAAGACGGUGGCGAGGAGGAGGAAGAGGAAGCGGAAGGUGGGGAGGAGGGUGAGGGACCGCCGAAGGUAAAGCGCGCUCCCAAGCUGCCCGACGUGAAGGAGCUGCCGGAGGAGGAAACGAAAGCGGAGGCGGAAGCGCAAGCCCCGGCAGAACCGCGUAGCGUCCAGAUCGUGGAGCCGGAACCGGUGACGCCGGCCAAGGAACCCGAACCGGAGCCGCAUUACAAGCGGCGCAAGUCCCGCACGCAGGUGGCGCUGGAAGAGUUCGAGCGGCGCAAAAAGUUCGACUUUGUGUCGCACAUGGCGAACGUGCGGGUCGAGCCGGGCAAGACGCUACGGCUGAUCGCGUACGUGAAGUGCCCGGAGGAGGUGAGCUCCUACUGGAAGCGGGACGGGCGUGUGCUGGGCAACGGGUUGCGCCUGACGCACACCACGAUGCGGUGCGGCACGUGCGUGCUGGAGAUAGAGAAGUGCAAGUACCGGGACGCGGGCAGCUACACCUGCGUGGCCAAGUGCCCGACCUACGGUGAGAUCGAGCAAACGUGCACGGUGUCGGUGGUGGAGAAGACGGAGAUUAAGGGCGAGGCGCCGGUCUUUACCCGCCCCAUGCAAGAAAAGUACGACCCGAUACAGGACGAGCUGACGCUCGAGUGUUGCGUGCGGGGCGAUCCCGAACCGGAGACGGUGUGGAUCGUGCAGGGCGUCUUCAUGCGCCACAAUACGGGCGGCCGGCUGUACUUCCGCAAGUACCCGGACGGCCGCCAGCUGCUGAAGAUCUUUCAGCCGAGCAAGGAGGACAGCGGGCGGUACGUGUGCCGGGCGAAGAACAGCGUCGACAAGACGGACAUGUCGUACUGGCUGAACUACAAGAACAGCGACGAGGAUGUGCUGAAGGUGUUCGAGGACGAGCUGCACAAGAAGUCGGAAAAGCCCAUCCUGAGCCGGCACCUGCGGGCGAAGGAUUGCGACUACAAUCCGGAGGACGAGGCGCUGAUCAAGUGGUCGGAAACGCGCAGCCAGCACGACAAGGAGUACGACUAUCGGUACAAGCUGCGGUUCAUUACGCAGCUGCAGGAUAAGACCGUGCCGGAGGGUUCGAACCUCAAGUUUACCUGCUACGUCGACGGCAAGUUCCCGCUGUUCAUGUGGUACAAGGACGACAUACCGCUCGUGCAGGGCCGCAAGUACCGGCAGAAGACGCGCCGCGACGGCAAGGUGACGCUCGAGAUCGUCAACGUCACGACGGAUGACGCCGGCACGUACAAGCUCGAGGCGCGCAACUACGCCGGUAGCAUUGAGACCAAGUCGGUGGUUACUGUUUACGAGAAUCCGUACACCAAGUUCGUACCGCCAAUCUUUGCUAGCAACAUCCUAGAAACGUACUCGCUGCACUCGAACGAGAUCGUGCUGGAGUGCCGGGUGCGCGGUACGCCCCGGCCGAACAUUGCCUGGAUCAAGGACGGCGAGUACAUCAUCCCGGGCGACAAGUACGAGCAGUACGACCAUGCCGACGGUACCUGCAAGCUGAUCGUGACCAGCCCGGGCGAGGAAGACUCGGGCACGUACACGUGCGAGGCGGAGAGCGGCGGCUGCAGCGACGCGAUCAGCCACAACGUGCAGUUCGUCAGCAAGGAGAAGGUGCUGAUGGAGCGCACGCACAGCGUGUACCACCGGAACCCGAACCUGCCGCACUUCUACCAGGGCCUCGCCGACUACUCGAUCCCGUCCGGCGGCAACAUCUGUCUGGUGGUGGAGGUGCAGGGCAACUGUGAGGUUCAGUGGUUCCGCGACCGCUACCCGGUCACCGGCAAGCCGCCGAAGGUGCGCACGUACAGCGACGGCACCGGCCUGUUUGCGCUCUGCAUUACGGCGGCAACGAUGGACGCGUCCGGCCGGUACGUGUGCCGGGCGACGAACGCGUUCGGCAAGGCGGAAUCCUCCUCGAACGUGGACAUCAUCAACCCGAACGCGAUCAAGGGCGCGAAGCCACCGAUCUUCAUGUCCCGGCCGCAGCCCGAGAUCAAGAUCAGACAGGGCGACACGCUGUCGAUGGCGUUCAAAAUCAUCGGCGACCCGAAACCGAAGAUUCAAUGGAUGAAGGGCACGAAGGAUUUGACCAACUCGCCGCGAACGGUGAAGGAAGUGCACGCGGACUACAUUCGAUUCUCGAUCAAGGAGGCAGUGGUCGCGGACGAGGGUGCCUACUUCAUCGUGGCCAGAAAUCGACACGGCAUCGAUCGUUCGUUCACUAAAGUAUCGAUCAAGCCACCGAGGGGCUACAAGAAGCACCUGGAGGACGAUCUUGAUCGGGACGCACCCGAUAAGGGCCGGAAAUAAAUGCAUGCAAAGCACGGCGCUGAAACUUUACACUUGUAGUUUCAUUUUGGAAUGUUACAUUGUGUUUUGACGACGCCACGUUGCUUCUGCGAAAUAAAAAAAAAAGCGAAGUGAACUAGUGUGGUGGUACUAGGAGCAGCUAAGUUAUCAUUAUCAGCAUCAUUGGCGUGAACAGCGAACCGGCAGCACAACAGCACAAGCCGGCAGUAUAUAUAUAUAGUUCGUCGCCUGUUCACCCCUUAAUCCCUUAAAACGCAUCGAACGUCUGAAUCGCGUGUGGAUGAUUCAAACUUGAAAGAGAUUGCAUUGCGAGAAACAUUGUUUACCUUUUUAGUAAGUUUUAUGAACCCCCCUUCUCUUCCCCCACUCUAUUGUCCUUUUCUCCCAACAACCCCUCCCCCCCCCACCCCCAAUCAUUUAGUUAAAGAGAGAAGCUUUCGUGUUUGUAUAUGAAUAAAACAGAAACGAUUUUAAAGAAA